AUGGAGUUGGCCAAUAACGGCACGUAUCUGGGCACACCCCUAUUUUUUGCUCCAACCAGCGGGUCUGGCAAUUCACUCAACGACGUCCGUCCCACUCUGAGAAAAGGAAGCUUUACCGAUGUUCCCGUCAUGUACGGCACGAAUAAAAACGAGGGCAGCAUUUUUGCCCAUGUUCGAAGGCUCAACACGGCGAAGGAAGCUGAAAAAAGGGCUUUACCCCCUCAGCAGGUGGAUGACCGGGGUUCCAUUUACUUGCCCGACGUGUGGCGGUACCGGUACUCGCCAGAGUUCCCCAACCUGACACCCUACGACGAUGCAGGCGCAUACCAUGGCGCGGAACUGCCCCAGGUUUUUGGAACCUACAACGCUACGACUGCUACCAAGAACCAGAUUGCGCUGAGUGCCUUCAUGCAGAAGACGUGGACUGAUUUCGCCAAGGACCCAGAAAAUGGUCCUGGCUGGCCCUCGCUCAAUGAAGACUCGAAAUUGGCUGAUUUCGGGAAUGAUGAGUAUCCUCAAGGCAUUACUUUGAUCGAAGCAAAAGACGCGGAUGAGAAUUGUGGUGUCUGGUUCCUAGAAUCAGAAGCUUAUGACCUUGCUUGGUGA